GGUGCGGGGUGGGUGGCGGAGAGACCUAAUUUUGCUUCCCCCAGUUGAGAUCGGGAGGGAGAAGAAGCGAGAAAAUGCCGGAAAUGGAGUUAUCAAAUGCUACUCAUGACAUGUUCAAUGUCACCCUUCAUACCACGCUGGCCCUCACCACAAAGCUGGUUGUUCCUACGCCUGCCAAGCCUAUCCUACCAGUGCAAACUGGGGUCCAAGCUCAACAAGAGGAGCAGUCGAGCGGCAUGACUAUAUUCUUUAGUCUUCUUGUAUUAGCUAUCUGCAUCAUAUUGGUGCAUUUAUUGAUCAGAUACAGGCUACAUUUCAUGCCAGAGAGUGUUGCUGUUGUUUCUUUAGGCAUCCUCAUGGGAGCAUUUAUAAAAAUUAUAGAAUCUCAAAAGCUAGCCAACUGGAAGGAAGAAGAAAUGUUUCGCCCCAAUAUGUUUUUUCUUCUUUUACUUCCACCAAUUAUAUUUGAAUCUGGGUAUUCGUUACACAAGGGGAACUUCUUUCAGAACAUUGGCUCCAUCACCCUGUUUUCUGUGAUUGGGACAGCAAUUUCAGCGUUCAUUGUCGGCGGAGGAAUUUACUUUUUGGGUCAGGCUGAUGUAAUUUAUAAACUCAACAUGACUGACAGCUUUGCUUUUGGUUCCCUGAUCUCUGCUGUCGACCCAGUAGCUACUAUUGCUAUCUUUAAUGCUCUUAACGUGGAUCCUGUGCUUAACAUGUUGGUCUUUGGGGAAAGUAUUCUCAAUGAUGCAGUCUCAAUUGUCUUGACAAACACAGCAGAAGGUUUGACAAGAGAACAUACGUCAGAUGUAAGUGGAUGGCAAACCUUUCUGCAAGCCCUGGGUUACUUUCUGAAGAUGUUCUUUGGUUCUGCAGCACUGGGGACUCUGACUGGCCUUAUUUCUGCAUUAGUGCUGAAGCAUAUUGAUUUACGGAAAACUCCUUCCCUGGAGUUUGGCAUGAUGAUCAUCUUUGCUUAUCUUCCCUAUGGACUUGCAGAAGGUAUUUCUCUCUCAGGUAUCAUGGCUAUUUUAUUCUCCGGCAUCGUAAUGUCUCAUUACACUCAUCAUAACCUUUCUCCAGUCACACAGAUUCUAAUGCAGCAGACGCUGAGAACCGUUGCAUUCAUGUGUGAAACGUGUGUUUUUGCAUUUCUGGGCCUGUCGAUUUUUAGCUUUCCUCACAAGUUUGAAAUGUCCUUUGUCAUCUGGUGCAUAGUGCUUGUGCUUUUUGGCAGAGCUGUCAAUAUUUUCCCACUCUCCUAUCUGCUUAAUUUUUUCCGCGAUCACAAAAUCACACCCAAAAUGAUGUUCAUCAUGUGGUUCAGCGGCUUACGUGGGGCAAUCCCAUAUGCUUUGAGCCUCCACUUGGGCUUGGAGCCAAUAGAGAAGCGGCAGCUCAUUGGCACCACAACGAUCAUCAUUGUAUUGUUCACAAUCUUAUUGCUGGGUGGAGGAACCAUGCCCUUAAUCAGACUGAUCGACAUUGAAGACUCUAAAGCACGGCGAAAGAACAAGAAGGAUAUUAACCUCAGCAAGACAGAAAAAAUGGGUAAUACUAUUGAAUCUGAACACUUAUCUGAACUCACCGAGGAAGAAUAUGAAGCCCACUACAUAAAGCGCCAGGACCUCAAAGGCUUUAUGUGGCUUGAUGUUAAAUACUUGAAUCCCUUCUUUACCAGACGGCUUACGCAAGAGGACUUGCACCAUGGACGCAUACAGAUGAAAAGCCUCACCAACAAAUGGUAUGAGGAGGUGCGACAAGGACCCUCAGGAUCGGAAGAUGAUGAACAAGAGUUACUGUAACAGGAUUGACUGCAGUAGUGUAUGUUGAUGACACCAAAAAUUAGAUUCAUGACACAUAGCUUAUAAAGAGGAGCCUUCAUGUUGUACUCCUGUUUCUCAAAAUGUACCCAGCAUACAUCUUGGUAAGGUUGCAACAUGGUUUGAAACGGAAGACUAUCUGUAAUGCCAAAUUUCUGCAUCUCUGAGAGUUAUGCCAAAUCCAUGAACAGCAAACACCACCCACAUUGGGAUAACUAGAAAAUGGGCUGUACCUAUUAUGAUUUGUUCUGUAAAUGUAUGUUAGAGGGAUUCUGUAGGACAACUUCAGAAAGCUGUAAUGCACUUUAUUCUAUACUUCAUCAAUACACUGGCCUGUUGUGGGAAUUAAUGAUGAGUAAUACUGUGAACUUCUAUCAAUGAGAUGAACAAGUAAAUUAUUAUUUAAGGUCCAUCUUUAAUUUGCUCUGUUGGUAUAUUAUGGACUUGGGUGCAGAGAGAGAAUGCUACCAGAAGGUUGCUACUGUGCAUGAAGAAAAAGCACCUCAUAAAAGCAUCAAUAAAGCAUAUUUCAGAGUAA